GAUACUCGGCGUGUUGUUCAUCGACCGUUUCGUCUUCAAACUUCGUCAAAUUGAAUGAAUUGUGAGAAAAACCGCGCAAAAUCCGCAAUUUCCUCUGAAACUGUCCGUUUGUGUGCAAUGACCAUUCACGAAAAUCGCUUUGUUCGGCGAUGUUGGUGAAAAAGUGAGCAAAUCCAGAGUGCCGGCACAAUGAGGUGCGAUUUUUUGCUGGGACUGUUGCUGGUCGUCUGGGGGGCCGAAGGGGGCACCACGAACGCGCCGGUGACCAAAACAGCAACCCCUUGUGAGGGCGAUCAGUUCCAAUGCUUCGACGGCGUCUGUAUUCCGUCCCAUUGGCGUUGCGACGGCCAACACGAUUGCGCCGACGGCACCGACGAGCCCUUCGAAUGCAUCCAGACGCAAACCUGCCGUCCAGAGCAAUUCCAAUGUGCCCUCACGCGAAAGUGCCUACCAUUGGGUUGGGUAUGCGACGAAGACCAAGAUUGUGGCACUUCAUCGACGCUGGGCGUCGACACCUCCGACGAGGAUCCCAGUCAAUGCCACAAAGAGAUCAAAUGUCCUUGGAACCAAGCCAAAUGCGGUUUCGGUCCCGAAUGUGUCCCAAUAAAAAAGUUUUGUGAUAAACAUCGGGACUGUGUCAACGGGGGCGACGAGUGGGACUUUUGCAGGAACUCUACGUUCAGUUGCGAUAAAUUAGUGUGCAGUUAUGGGUGCAGACCCACGGGGGAGGGCCCCAAGUGCUUCUGUCCCGAGGGACAACGUCCCGAAGGGACCCGAUGUGUGGAUGCCGACGAGUGCGAGUUGGACAACACUUGUGCGCAGGUGUGCAAGAAUACCAUUGGGGCGUUUGAGUGCUCGUGUGUCUCCGGUUAUGAGAAAAAUGGGACGGAUUGUGUCGCACUGAAUGUUCCUCCAGGUGUUGAAGCCUCGAUUGUCUUCUCAACGCAGGCGGAAAUCGCCCGUUUGAACCUCUCUGGUGCCCCCUGGUCGAGCAACUCCUCCCUCCACCUCCUCAACAGCACAGCAUUGGAGUUUGUUUUCAACAACCACUCAAUCUGCUAUGUCCAUCACAAUUUUUCUAAGGCGUCUCUUGUGUGUGUCAACAUCGAUGAUUUCUCACAAAAAACCGAAUUAAAAACUCAAUCCACUCUACUCGAGUUUGAAUCCGUCCAACAAAUGGCAAUGGAUUGGGUGUCUCGCAAUUGGUACUUUUUAGACGACCAAAGAGAAAUCUUCUUGGUUUGUUCCGAACGUCUUGAAUGGUGUAACAUUUUAAUCGAACACGAUUUGAGUAAACCCCGAGCUCUGGCUUUGGAUCCUACACGUGGGUACAUGUUUUUCACCAAGUGGGGGCACUCGCCYCCUAUGGUCGAGAGGUGCAAAAUGGACGGAAGCGAACGCAAAGCUAUAGUCAAUCAUAAAAUUGUGUAUCCGUAUGGUGUGACUGUUGAUUAUCCCACUCAACACAUWUACUGGGUUGAUACGUAUUUGGAUUUUGUUGAAAGAGUUGAUUAUGAUGGGAAACACAGGAAGACGGUAAUGAGGGGACUUAAAGUGCAAAAUCUAUACGGGAUUAGUGUUUUUCAAAGGAAAUUGUAUUUGUCCUCGUGGUAUAGCAACGAUAUUAUUGAGUUGGAUAAGUUUACCAUGAAGGAGAAGAUUCUGGUCCAGAAUAUUAGCAGGCCGUUUAAUGUUCUGGUGUACCAUCGACAGAGGCAACCAGUGGUUCCCCACCCUUGCAACUCUCACUCUGAAUGUUCCCACUUGUGUAUUUCCAACUGGAAGCGCGACAUAGCAGUUAAAAAGUGUCUCUGCGCUGCCGGUUACCAACCGAACGAGAACAACCAAUGUGUGGUCAAAUCAAGCCAAAGAUACCUUUUAUUGGCCAAAGGCAAACCAGCCUCAAUCAAAGGAAUCGAAUUAGACAGUAAUAAAGAAACAAUGAUUCCAAUCACUGGAAUCAACCAACCAAUGGCAAUAGAUUACGAUAUCAAAACCGGCAGUGUUAUCUAUUCCGACAGCCAUCGAAUGAUAAUCGAAAGUGCGAAAAUCGACGAUUCCUCACACAAAAACGUUUUCCAAAAGAACGUUCGUCGAUGCGACGGCUUGGCCGUCGAUUGGAUGUCACGCAACGUCUACUGGACUGACCAGGAAAUGGGGAGUAUUAGCGUCUUCAAGUUGGCCAACUCGUCCCAAAACCGGGUUUUACUACAAGAUGCUUUCUACAAUCCCUUAUCUAUAGUCCUCGAUCCGGGACGCGGAGUGAUGUAUUGGGCCGAUUGGUCGAGCAUUUUCCCCAAUAAAGGCCGAAUCCACGUUGUUAACAUGGAUGGAAAAAACUUAAAAGACUUCGUUGAGGUCAAUAUAGAUUGGCCGAGUGGUCUCACAAUUGAUUUCAUCGAGAAAAGACUGUAUUGGAGCGAUCGUCAUUUGCGUAAAAUCGAAAGUGUUGACUUUAACGGCAUUAAUAGAAGAGUCGAGUUGGCUAAAGGGAUGGAAACUCCRUUUGGAUUGGCCUUAGGGCCGGGAAAAACCUUCUACUUCACUGAAUUCACAAAAGGGACAGUCAUGUCGUAUAGUAACAAAACAGGGUUUCGWCAAUUGGACCAAAGCAAUCCCCCCAUUUUUGACAUUAAAGUUUAUGACACAACAGCACAAGAAGGUGAAAAUGAGUGUACGAGGAACAGUCCCGGGUGUCCCGAACUGUGUCUCCCCACUCCCUCGGGCCCUGUGUGUGAAUGCUCCACCGGGUAUAAAAUCGUCAARAARACUUGRGUUCGUGAAAGUAGUCCGAGUUUCACCAUUUGCGGCCCCCACGAUUUCCAAUGUAAAAACAUGAAGUGUAUUCCAUACCAGCAGACUUGUGACCAUAUCGACAACUGUGGGGACCAAUCAGAUGAAGCUUCAAGUCCUGAGGGGCCUUGCAAGGAGGUGAUUUGCGGCGUUAAUGAAAUGAAAUGRGAUAAUGGGACGUGCAUCUCCAAGUAUUGGGUUUGCGACGGGGAGCAAGAUUGCGUCGAUGGCAGCGACGAGGAGGAGAAACGGUGCUCGGAGGUGUGUUCAGCGGCACAAUUCAAGUGUGCUGUGUCGAAAAGGUGRAUUCCUUCCGUGUGGAAGUGCGAUAAUGUGGCCGAUUGUGGACCGGAGGAUUUCAGCGAUGAGGUCGAUUGUGUGAAAAAACAAUGRGAAGUMAAUGAAUUCACGUGUGRGAAUGGACGAUGUAUCUCACAAGUUUUGUAUUGUGACGGUUUUGAUGAUUGUAAAGACAGUUCAGAUGAAAUCAACUGUACGGAGUGUCAAGUCACUAAGGAGUUUUUCUGUCCCAGUAGUGCCACUUGUCUUCCAAAUAGCAAAAAAUGUGACGGACAGAUUGACUGUCAAGGGGGCUAUGAUGAGUAUGAUUGCAACGAGAAUAUCACUUGCAGUAAAAAGGAGUUCAAGUGUGCCAACAACUUGGAGUGUGUACCACUGUCUUAUGUUUGCGAUGGGGACCUCGACUGUCUCGACAACAGUGACGAGGAGCACUGCAACGCCACCACACACAAAAACUCCACUUCUUCCUCUCUGUUACCGACUUGUCACCACCCCUCCCGUCUUUGUGACAACAACACCAAAUGCAUCACAGUGGAACACCUAUGUGAUGAUAUAGCCYACUGCAAGGAUGGUUUCGACGAGGGGGCCCGAUGUUCGGAACGUCUUUGCGACAUCCGUCUCGAUUGCUCUCAUAACUGUCACAACGCCCCCGAAGGCUUGAUUUGUUCCUGUCCCCCUGGGUUGCAUCUACAACCCGAUAAGACCAACUGUGCAAAAACCCACCCCUGRGACGCGUGGGGCGUCUGUUCGCAGAAAUGCAUCGCAGUGGGGGAGAGAUUCAAAUGUGGGUGCUACAAGGGCUAUGUCUUGGAGUCUGAUCGGUUCACAUGCAAGAGCACAAAUGGGGCGACACCUUACGUUAUUUUCAGUAAUCGACARGAGUUGAAAGCCGUCGAGUUGAARACUUUUAAUGUCAAGUCGUUUAUUUCYAGUUUGAAGAAUACAAUUGCGUUGGAUUUUUAUUACACACAGAAUGCGAAUAUGGUGUUUUGGACUGAUGUUAUCGAUGAUAAGAUUUACAGAGGGACGGUGGUUGGGGGCUCGUUGAGUAACAUCGAGGUGGUGGUGCAAACGGGGCUGUCGACGGCUGAGGGCCUGGCGGUGGAUUGGAUUGGUGAGAAUCUCUAUUGGGUUGAGAGCAAUCUUGACCAAAUCGAGGUGGCGAAGCUCGAUGGUCGUUUCCGGCGUACGCUUGUCGCCGGCGAGAUGGAGAGCCCCCGUGCCGUGGCUGUGGACCCCCGCGACGGGUACCUCUUCUGGACCGAUUGGGAUAACAACGCCCCCAGGAUCGAGCGCUGCUCGCUGGCGGGGCUAGACCGCGAAAUAGUCGUCCGAGUGGACCGCAUCACCGACGCCGGAUGGCCCAAUGGUCUCACUCUCGACUACGUCCUCAGACGCAUUUAUUGGAUCGACGCCCGAUCGGAUUCCAUCCACACGACGAAAUACGACGGGAGUGAUCACCAUGAAGUGAUGAGACACCAUGAGACUCUUUCGCAUCCGUUCGCAAUCGCAUUGUUUGAAAACUAUGUUUAUUGGACGGAUUGGAGGACGAAUAGUGUGGUUAGAGCGAAUAAGUUUACAGGGGGCGAUGUUGCGGUGAUUCAAAGGACGUUAACGCAGCCGUUUGAUAUACAGAUUAUGCAUCCGGCGAGACAGCCGAGAGAUGGGCCCAAUCCAUGUGGGGUGAAUAAUGGGGGUUGCUCGCAUUUGUGUCUUUUGCACACGAAUCGGACGUAUAAGUGCGAUUGUCCCCAUGUUAUGAGGCUAAGUGCGGAUAAUAAGACUUGUGUGGUGAACGAACGCGUCCUGCUCAUAGCCCGCACGAGCGAAAUCCGCGGCGUGGACAUCCUCCAGCCCUACUACCACACAAUCCCGACCAUAAGCGCCCCCCAGGUCCUCAACCCCGUCCAACUGGAAUACCUCGCACGCAACAACACUCUCUACUGGGCCGAUUCCCAAAUCAGCGAAAUCAAACGCUCGGGCUUAACCACCGGCCCCAUCCAAACCCUCAUCGACACCGGCCUCAAAAACCCAUCAGGCCUCGCAAUCGACUGGCUAUCAAACUUAAUGUUCGUUUCCUCUCCUCAAGGAAUCACCGUCUCGAAUCUCGACGCCGAGUUUAUCACGACAAUAAUCGAUAGUUUGAACGUGUUAUCAGUCGCUGUGCAUCCUCGUCUCGGCCAACUGUUUUGGAUCGCGAUGACUAAUGAAACUUUCAUUGAGACGAGUGCCAUGGACGGGAGCAAGAGGAAGAAAAUCGUGACGGGGUUAAAAUCACACUCACAUAGUUUGUGCGUCGAUUUGCACUCGGAUAAGUUGUAUUGGGUCAGCGAGUUUGAGAUUUAUUUCAGUAAUUUGGACGGGAGAGAUGUCACCAAGUUGAAAUUACCACAUGUUUCGGUUCUUGCAGCGACAGUGUACCAAGACCAUGUGUAUUAUGCCGAUGAUGAUGACCAUACCAUCCACAUUGUGGAUAAAAUGACCGGUGGUAAUGACACAGUUUUGAGGAACAAUACGGGUAGUGUUUUUGCGUUGAGGAUUUACGACCCGAUGGAACAAAAAGGUUUUCAUCCGUGUUCCAAUUCGCAAUGUUCCGAUUUGUGUUUGCCCACUUCAGUGUCGAGUUUCCGGUGUCGGUGCGCCACUGGUUACCACACCGACCCCCACAACCCGAAUAAGUGUCUCGGAGUCGAGGAAUUCAUUUUUUAUUCAGUCAAUUGGGAGAUUCGCGGCUUAGCACUUGACGGUAACAACCAAACUGCCGUUUUGGGGCCCAUUUCUCGCAUUUCAAUGGCCACAGCGAUUGAUUUUGUUGCUGGAAGCGAUCUUUUGUUUUGGGCGGAUAGUGAUCGCGGUUCUAUUACAAGUAUCAAACGAGAUGGGACCCAACGACGCCAUAUAAUCGAGCCCACAGAGGCGAUGGAUAGUGUGCCUGUUGAUUGGUUAACAGGACUUGCGAUUGAUUGGAUCGCGGGGAAUAUGUACUGGUGUGAUUCGAAAAGGGGUGUGAUUGAAGUGGCGAGACUUGAUGGGAGUAAACAGCAUGUUUUGCUCGCGAAUGAGAUUGGYAAACCAACGUCGAUUGCUGUGGAUCCGGUGAGAGGAGUGAUGGUGUGGGCAGGGGGGCCCAGAUUGGAGAUUGCCACCAUGGAUGGGCGCAAUCGCAAGUUGUUGGUGAACAAUUCGUUGGCGAUUUUCGAUGUUACYCUGGAUUCGGAUCAGAGGAAGGUUUAUUUCUGCGAUGCGAGUAAGCAUACCAUUGAGGUGAUUGGGUAUGAUGGGAGUGGGCAUGAGGUGUUGUUGAAUACCACACUGGAGAAUCCCACAGCGGUGACGAUUUUGGACAAGAAACUCUAUUGGUUGGAUAAGACAUUUGAUAAGGGUAGCCUUCUCGAAGCCCCCUUAAGUAACCUAUCCAACUUCAAGGUUCUUCUCCGCGACGUGGGGGACUCCCUUAAAGACAUCCAAGUUUUCUCCAAACGUAAACAAACCGGAACCAAUCCUUGUGCUCUAAACAACGGCGGAUGCGAACAACUCUGUCUCUACAACGGAACACAUCCGGUUUGUGUCUGUUCUCAUGGAAAAAUCGCACCAAAUGGGAAAACUUGUGAAGCUUUUAAAACUUUUGUUAUGUAUUCGCGUGURGUGAGUAUUGACUCGAUCCAAAUGCUUGACGAUGAAAAUCUCCAAAAUGCSCCACARCCCAGUAUCAAGAACAACACACUUUUGAAAAARGCCAUUGGUUUGUCGUUUAGUUACAAACAUCAGCGCCUUUUCUAUUCUGAUAUACAAAAAGGGUCGAUAAAUGCAGUUUUCUACAAUGGGAGUGACCAUCGAAUUAUUGUUGAAGGUCAAGGAUCAGUCGAAGGUCUCGCUUAUGAACAAGUCCACAAUAUGCUCUACUGGACUUGUAAUAACCACGCAACCAUUAACCGAGUUAACCUAACCGAUCAAAUGACCAAUGCGAGUCAAGUCGAACAAAUCGUCCGGUUACGUUUGCAAGACAAACCACGUGGAAUUGUCGUUGACAGUUGCGGUGGUCGUGUGUAUUGGACCAAUUGGAAUUCGCAUCAGCCGAGUAUUGAACGUGUGUUCUUAUCCGGUUAUAACCUCGAGACGAUUAUCAAAACCGAUAUACGUAUGCCUAACGCGUUGACWCURGAUCARAAAGCACAGAAACUGUACUGGGGCGACGCCCGUCUUGAUAAAAUCGAACGGUGCGAAUAUGACGGUUCUAACCGAGUGGUUUUGGCCAAAGUCACUCCUCAACAUCCUUUCGCUUUGGCCGUCUACGGCGACUAUAUUUAUUGGACGGAUUGGAUGCUACAUGCGGUUCUACGUGCUGAUAAARUAACCGGUCAGAAUGUGGUUUGGUUAAGACGCGACGUUGCCAGACCUAUGGGUAUUGUAACAAUUGCUAACGACACCGAGGAUUGUUUCAAUAAUCCCUGCAAGAUUUUAAACGGCGGUUGUGAGGAAAUCUGUAGUUUGAAUGCGUCCGCUAUGGUGCAGUGUUCGUGUAUGGAUGGCCGGAUUUUAGCCGAGGACCGGAAGAGGUGUUAUAGUAAUACGAAAGCGUGUGAUCAGUACGAUAGUUUCCGGUGUUCGGAUGGCGGAUGUGUGCCAUUUAGACUCACAUGUGAUGGUAUAGCCCAUUGUUCGGACAAGUCGGAUGAAGAGCCGGGGUAUUGUGGGCACAGGACCUGUCUCCAGGGCUGGUUUCAGUGCAAUAAUAAACGAUGUGUCGAGAGGAAGGAGAAGUGUAAUGGGGUUGAUGAUUGCGGGGAUGCCAGUGAUGAGGAGAACUGCUCGUGCAGUGAGGAUGAGUAUUUCAAGUGCAACACCGGAGAGUGUAUCCAUAAGGUGUUGAGGUGUGAUAAUGAUCCYGAUUGUGAGGAUGCCAGCGAUGAGAUGGGUUGUGAGGUGCGGAAUUGCACGUUAGAUUUCCAUGACGGUAAUAUGAUCAAUUGCGAAAACACCACCGCUUGUAUUCACAAYGAGUGGUUUUGUGAUGGUGAAAAUGARUGUUGGGACUUGUCAGAUGAGAAAAAUUGUACAGGGCGUGAGAAACGUUGCGAUAUAUUACAAUUUCAGUGCUCUAAUGGCACUUGUAUCAGUCUCGAGGCGAGAUGUGAUGGAAAAGAUGACUGUCAUGAUGCRAAAUCGACGCGGGAUUUGAGUUCAGAUGAGGAAAAUUGUCGAGUUAUGGAAGGCCACUGUCAGAACGACCAAUUCAUGUGUGGCGACUCCAAUUGCAUUCCCCUUUCGUGGCACUGCAACGGUAUCCCCGACUGUCUAGACAACAGCGACGAAUACGACUGUCGUCACCAGUGCCGCAGCGAUCAGUUCAAAUGCGACAACAGCGAGUGUAUCCCUUUGAGUUGGCAAUGCGACGGRCAUCCCGAUUGCAUGGACCAAUCCGAUGAGAGCAAACACUGCCAACUUCGCGAAUGCGACAACGGCGACUUCCGAUGCAACAGCACCGGUCGWUGUAUCUCCCGUUUGUGGCUAUGCGACGGCGAGGCUGAUUGUCUCGACGGUGCUGAUGAACACAAGGAUCAAGGAUGCGGUGUUUGCACCUCCGAGCAUUUUCAAUGCACGAACGGCGUUUGUAUCAACAAAAUGUAUUACUGCGACGGCGAUAAAGACUGCAAUGAUGGGAGUGAUGAGCCCCCCGAGUGUCAUAAAACGUGCACUUCGGACGAGUUCGCAUGCAACAACGGAAAAUGUAUCAUGGAUUUGUUGAAAUGUGACGGGAAUGAUGAUUGUGGGGAUGGGAGCGACGAAGGGAAGGAUUGUCACAACGAAGGGGAUUAUUGCAAGGGCAAAGGGUGGUUCCAUUGCGGGAAUGGGGUUUGUAUCAAUGAUACGUUGUUGUGCAACGGCGAGAAUAACUGUGGGGAUUACAGCGACGAGACGAAAUGUCGCAUCAACGAAUGUACGGCUCAACCACCGCCCUGUUCGCAAAAAUGUGUCGAUAAACCGAUCGGUUACGAAUGUCAGUGUUACACCGGUUACCAAACCAGUAGCAAAGACAGUCACUUGUGUGAAGACAUUGAUGAAUGUCACUCAAGACCUUGUAGUCAACUCUGUCGCAACACUAGAGGCUCCUUCCAUUGCAGUUGUGCUCCAGGUUACAUUCUCCACCCUGAUGGAAGAACCUGCGGUUCAAACUCAAACAUUCCGGUUACACUGAUCCUCGCUAACCGUUACUACAUCCGUGAAAUUGAUUUAACCGGCCAAUCAACUCUUUUGGCUCACAAUCUCACCAAUGCCGUAGCUUUAGACUAUGAUUGGAGCACGAAAUGUAUCUAUUGGUCGGAUGUGACCCAAUUAGGGAGUUCCAUUAAGCGAUUGUGCGAUUAUAAGAAUAGUUCAAGUGAGAUUGAGGUGUUGCAUUCACCGACGUUGCAAAAUCCAGAUGGUUUAGCCGUUGAUUGGGUUGGGAGGAACCUCUACUGGUGUGAUAAAGGUUUGGAUACGUUGGAAGUCUCCUCUUUGGAUGGCCGUUUCCGGCGCGUGCUCAUCUCUAAAGGGCUUGAGGAGCCCCGUGCCGUGGCUUUGGACCCUAUGCGGGGCUACCUCUACUGGACCGAUUGGGGCACCCAUGCCCAUAUUGGUAAAGCCGGAAUGGACGGCUCCCAGCAACAAAUCAUUGUCAAUUCGAGUCUUGGUUGGCCCAAUGCCCUCACCAUCUCCUACGAAACCAAAGAACUCUUCUGGGCCGAUGCUCGGGAGGAUUAUAUCGCAGUUUCAGACCUUGAUGGUCAUAACAUCCAUCGGAUUAUGAGUCGCGAGAAAAACCACUAUUUGCAACUCCACCACGUGUUUGCUAUCGAUAUUUGGGAAGAUUAUAUCUACUGGACGGAUUGGGAGACUAAAUCAGUCGAAAGGUGUCAUAAAUACACUGGGGAUAACUGCACGAGGAUCAUGACGACGGUGCACCGACCUAUGGAUAUCCGUGUUGUUCAUCCAUUGAAACAACCCAAGAUUAAAAAUCCCUGCGAGAAGGCAAAUUGUUCGGCUUUGUGUCUCUUAACGCCASAAGAGCCGUUCUACAAGUGUGUCUGUCCAGAGAAUUACGUUUUGAAGGAGGAUGGGAAGAGUUGUGAGGCGAAUUGCACAUCGGCUCAUUUCGAAUGCAAGAAAAGUUAUAAAUGUAUACCGUUUUGGUGGAAAUGUGAUACGCAGGAUGAUUGUGGAGAUGGGAGUGAUGAACCGAGUGAUUGUCGGCCGUUUAAGUGUAUGCCAGGACAAUAUCAGUGCGAUAAUGGGCAUUGUACACAUCCAUCGGAUUUGUGUAAUGGGAAUGAUGAUUGUGGUGAUAAGUCAGAUGAAAAGGAUUGCGAGCAUUACACGUGUUUGAAUACGCAGUUUAGGUGUCCAGGGAAUGGCACAAUCGCCCCCAGAUGCAUCCCGUCGAAAUUCCGUUGCAACAAACACGUGGACUGCCCCUUGGGCGAGGACGAAUCCGAUUGCCCACCGGCCACUUGCCCCCCUAACCAAUUCAAAUGCGCCAAUGAUAAAUGCAUUCCAGCGGUGUGGGURUGCGACACCGACAACGACUGUGGCGACAACUCCGACGAGCAGCAGGACUGCCAAUCGCGCACUUGUUCCCCCCAACACUACCGUUGCAGUUCCGGUCGUUGCAUCCCCAUGUCGUGGCGUUGCGACGGCGACCCCGACUGCGCCAACAACGAAGACGAGCCGUCUUCCUGCAGCCAACCCGAAUUCCACACCUGCGAGCCCACCUAUUUCAAGUGCAAAAACAACAAGUGCAUCCCCGGACGCUGGCGAUGCGAUUACGAUAACGACUGCGGCGAUAGUUCGGAUGAGAUCGAGUGCGUUCCUCGGAACUGCUCGGAGUCGGAGUUUCGGUGCGGCGACGGCAGGUGUAUUCGGGGGUCGCAGAAGUGCGACGGCGAGUUUCAAUGCGAGGAUCGGUCAGAUGAGGCCAAUUGUCACACACAUUGCAAGAAAAACGAGUUUCAGUGUGUCAAUCCUCAAGUUUGUAUUUAUUUGGAYUGGAAGUGUGACGGCGAAGCGGAUUGUUCGGAUGGGUCAGACGAGGCGAAUUGUAGCGAUACUUGCCCAGAUAAUGGGUUUAAAUGUCACAAUGGGCUUUGCAUCAACGAGGAUUGGCGAUGUGAUGGGCAAAAAGAUUGCGAGGAUGGGUCAGAUGAGAUGUUUUGUUCGUUGGUUGGGUGUCUCCCGGGACGGUUCCGUUGCAAGAACCAUACUUGUGUCCCGGUGAGUUUCCUGUGUGAUGGGCACGACCAAUGCGAGGAUGGGAGUGAUGAAGACCCCCAUAUUUGUCACCGGUUUAAUCUCUGUCCUCCCGAUCAAUUCACCUGCAAAAACGGACAUUGUAUCAAAAACUCCCUACGUUGUGAUGGUAGAAACGACUGUAGUGAUAACAGCGAUGAAGAAAACUGUAAUAAUGCGACUUGUAAAUGGAACACUUGUUCGCAAAUCUGCAUCGAAGCGAAACACAACACUCCAGUGUGUAAAUGCCUUCCGGGGUAUACCCACCUCAAAGGGGGCGUGUGCAUCGCUGAUGGUGAUUGGGCCAAUCUUGUGCUUGUCUCUGAGGCCGAAUUGCGUCUCAUGUCGCCGUAUAAACCCGGUGAUAGUAACAAACUACGCAGUAAGACACUCGCGACAGCCCCCGGAUACAAAGUCGACGCCGUUGAUAUUCUCUACGAUAAGAAAGAGUCAAUUGCGUUCUGGACCGACCACCAAAAUAAACGCAUCCAAAGUGUGGUUUUGCGAUUGAAUGAGAGUCGCACACGACGUGAUUCAGAUGUGAGGACUGUUACGAGUGGUUUGCAUGAUCCCAGAGGGAUUAGUGUGGAUUGGGUGGCGAGACGGUUGUAUGUCACGGAUGGGAUUAGGAUUUUGGUGUCGACGAUCGACGGAUUGUAUGUUUAUACACUGUUGAAGGGGGAGAUGAAGCAGCCGAGGGAUAUAGUUGUGGUGCCACAGGAUGGAGUGUUGUUUUGGACGGAUUGGGGGCCGCCGGCGAGGAUUGAGACUGCGCAUAUGGACGGGAAUAAGAGGAGGGUGUUGGUGAAUAGCGCGAUUUUGUAUCCGACGGGAUUGGCGGUGGAUUAUACCACGAGGAGGUUGUAUUGGGCCGAUCCGAAGACGAUGACAGUGGAGACGGUCAAGUUUGAUGGGUCGGAUAGGCAUGUCGUGAAGCAUUUCGGGAAAGAGAUGAAACCAUACAAGAUUGAAGUCUUCGAAAAUUACCUUUUUGUCACCACUUACCAGAAACAUGAUGUCUUGCGUUUGAAUAAAUUCGGUAAUGGAAACAUCACUCAUUUAUCCCAAGGUUUAACGCGAAUCGCUGACAUUCUUAUACUCCACGAACAAAAACAAGAUCAAACAGUCAACAAUACUUGCAUCGAUUUUUGCCACCAUACAGAAUUCUGUUUAUUGAGUCCAAAUACAGCAACCUGUACUUGCGCCGAUGGUUAUGUUAAAGAUAAUUUGACUUGUAAAGCGAUUGCCAGUCGUACCCCUAAUUGCCCCCUCAAUUGCAACAGUGGCACUUGUAAAAUCGUCCAAGGCCAAAACCCUAAAUGUUUCUGUCCUGCACAAUACACCGGUCCCCGUUGUGAGCAUUUCCGGUGCUCCCAAUACUGCAAAAACAAAGGAAUGUGCUACGUUGAUUUGGCAGCCCCCCAAUCCCCCGACUCUCUCCCCCCAUUGCGGUGUAACUGCGCCCCGCAAUGGACCGGCGAACGUUGCGAAACUCCUGUCAAUCUCUGCGAAGGCCGCUGUUACAACGGUGGCACUUGUUURACCCCYAAACCGGAAAUGCCCGUCUGUAACUGUCCCUCGGGAUUCACCGGUUCACGAUGUCAGAAUUGUGCACAAUUAGUCUGUCAAAAUGGCGGCGUUUGUGUCAAAGAUAAUUGCAAAUGUCCGGUGGGGUACAGUGGACGCCAUUGCGAGAUUUCCUUCUGUGGCAAAAACGGAAAACCGAUAACGACAUCAUCGGGAUUGAAAUGUAGUUGUCUGCCUGGUUUCAGUGGGGACAAAUGUGAYCAAGAUCGGUGUUACCAACAUUGCCAAAAUGGCGGAACUUGUCGAAUGGGGAUGAAACAACCCGAAUGUGAUUGUCCGCAAUUUUUCGAAGGGAGGCGAUGCGAGAUUGAUUUAUGCYCCGUCCMMGAGCCCCCGAAAGGGUGCACGGAGAGAUGCGUCUGUGAUAAUGGGGGCACGUGUGUGAUUAUGAACGGCAGGCCGGUGUGUAAGUGUGAGAGGCCGUGGGGUGGGACUAAGUGUGAGAUAUAUGUUGGCAAUGCUGAUACGUGUACCGAUUUGUGUCAAAAUGGGGGAAUUUGUCAGAUUUUGUCCCCACAUGUCGACCCCAUUUGUCAAUGUCCCCAAUCGUGGACGGGGCCCCGUUGUAAUCAACUCGCCGUCUGUGCUAAUUAUUGCAAAAAUGGGGGCACUUGUGACGUCAGUGAUGGAUUGCCUUAUUGUCAAUGUCCCUCGGAUUUCAGCGGAGUUAAAUGCGAUUUAUUGGUGAAAUUAGACGGGGCUGUUGCCCAUAAAGAUGUAGGAAGGGGGGUUGUAGUUCCAGUUAUUGCUGCAAUCGUGGUUGUUAUUGUGAUUUUGGUUGUGUUCCUCGCUUUUGAUUAUUUCUACAGGAAGAGACAGUCGUUUUCGCAUGAAAGACUACAAGAGAAUGAUUUUAAUAAUCCGAUGUAUCAAGAUAGGGACGCGGAACCGUUCACUUUGGACGCUGAUAAGUCUGGCAAUUUUGCCAACCCCGUWUACGAAUCGGUCUACAACGGCACCGGAAGUGGGCGUGGCGAGGAGAAGGCCGUCCUUUUGCAYCAUCCGGCCGAUGAGGCCCCGACACCAGUCCCUGAGGAGAUCUAGUGACAUAUCUCAUAAUGCGUAUUUAGUUUUAUUUUCAAUUGCUGUGAAUUGUGCCAUUUAUUUAAAAAUAUUCGGCAGCUGUAUAUUAUAGCUGUACAUAUUAUUAAGUAAUUAUCUGAUGUAUUUCUUUGAUAUUGUUGUUGUUACAUAAAAUCUUGCCCGAUGGUGUUUAUACGAACAGAAAUAACGUCCUUGUACAUAAGAAAACAAUAAUUAUGUGACUGAUAAAUGAUAUAUUUUUAUGUAUUGAAGAUAUAUUGACAGCUUGYUUGUGCAAGAACAAAAUAUUGUGCUCAAUACUCAGAAUGUUUGUAUAUUUUGAUUCUCUAUAAGUGUAUUGUAGUUUCUUUUUAUGUCAGAUUUUAUAAAAAUGACACGAAA